GAGCCGGGGCGGCUGGGGUUGCUGCUGCUCCUCCUGCCGAGCAUACAAACACAGACACACAAGCACAAACAGAGGCCUCUCCGUGUCGCUUCUGUCGUGGGCGCCGCCAUGUCCUCCCCUCAGGACUCGCUUCCCCAGCACAACAACAACAACAACCCGCCACCUGACGGGACGCCCGCCGAGGCAGGCCUCAAUAGCUCCUGGGUAGAGUUGCAGAUGAAUGGCAAUGGCAACGAUAAUGGAAAUGCGAAAAAUGGUGGUCUGGAACACGUUCCUUCUUCAUCUUCCAUCCACAAUGGAGACAUGGAGAAGAUACUUCUAGAUGCUCAGCAUGAGUCUGGACAGAGCAGUUCAAGAGGUAGUUCUCACUGUGACAGCCCUUCUCCUCAAGAAGAUGGACAGAUAAUGUUUGACGUGGAGAUGCACACUAGUAAAGACAAUAGUUCUCAGUCUGAAGAGGAAACAUUAGAAGGGGAGAAGGAAGUGGACAUUUUGAAGAAAAGUGUUGAUUGGGUAUCGGACUGGUCAAGUAGACCUGAAAAUAUUCCUCCCAAGGAAUUUCACUUCAGACAUCCUAAACGAGCUGUUUCUUUAAGCAUGAGGAAGAGUGGAGCCAUGAAGAAAGGUGGCAUUUUCUCAGCUGAGUUUCUUAAGGUUUUCAUUCCAUCUCUGUUCAUAUCUCAUGUUUUGGCUUUGGGAUUAGGUAUCUACAUUGGAAAACGACUGACCACACCUUCAGCUAGCACUUAUUGAAAGAAGUGGUGCACAAACCCUGGAAAUCCUUGUAAUCUGUGAAGGUGUUAUUGUCACAUUUGUACAUCUUGAACUUGAGACAACUUUAAGCAUGACCCCUUCCCAGCCUCCACCUUGUUUUUACAUAUCCAGGUUCCAGUAACUCUUGAAAUUCAGUAUUGUAUUGGAACUCUGUGGAGACGUCUCAAUAGUCUCUUCCCUGUCCCUAGCCUUUCUCCACAUCCUGCAAGACACAUCAGAGUUGCCUAACAGAGUUUACAAUUGCCUAUACGUUGCAAGGGCUUCUUUCAGUGCAAAAUGCCACCAGCAAAUUAUAAUUUUAUCAGUGAUGGUGUUCCCUCCUCUGUACUACAGCAAGAAAUAAUCUGCACAGUGCAUGCAUGAUUAAAUUGUUGGGUAUAAGAACCUCCAGUCUGUAAAAGACUCAUAAUUAACUGAAGUUGGUUGUAAAAACAAACAAAAUCAUUGGCAGUUUUGUUCUAAAGUGUAGCUUAUUUUACAAUUCUCUUGACUAAUGUUUUUAGCUUUUGGGAGGCAAAAGCUCACAAAAAUCAAAGCAGGAUAAAAAUUGAUUAAUCAGCAACUUUUAAUACUGAAUAAUACUUGUCUUUUCUAUGAAGUAGUGAAUUAAUUUCUGGUAGGAAAAAACCUGUUCAGCACCUAGAAAUUGUUUUUAGAAAGAACUGCAUUAUUUGCAUGUGAAGAAGCUUUUAGUAUUCCUUAGCAUUUUACUUAACAAAAGGUUUCCUUUUAAAAGUAGUUUAACUUGAAGUAUUUUUGAAGUAUUUAGACUCCAUGUAAAAGGAGAUUUUACUUGUUUUGGGACCACUUGCAAAUUUACAAAUAGAUGAUUGUUUCAGUAGCUACUCGAGGCAUACUUCCUGGAAAUAGUCUUGCAGUUGUGUAAAAGACAUUUUAUGAAGCUCUGAGCUGUCUUCUGUGGUUGAGUUUCAUUACUCCCAUUUUCCAUGGUUGAAUGUCCCUUGGCAAUACCUGAAAUCCUAAGGUCCUUAGUGAUAUCUUGUAUAGCUAGAUGGGAAUCUUGCUCAUGGGAACACUCAGCCUUUUCCUCCUUCAGAUACACUUCCCCCCCC